UCUUCCCACUGUCCAUCUCGGCAGGACUUCGGCUCGAUAAUGAUUGUGAAAAACAGAAUCCCGGGUCACUUUACUACCAACAGGCUUCGUCACUUAGGAAUCACGAAGACAAUGAAAUCUUUCAAGUGACUGUACGUCAUGCAACCAAAGGCCAUGUGACGUUGCCUUUUAGCGGCUACCAGAUUCGUGAUGGAUUCAAUGAAAUUCUCAACAAGAAUCGUCAUCACCAAUCUGGUGAAUACGGAAGCGAACUUAGUAGAUUGGAAGAUAUCUUAUGGCCACCCGAUCGCCCGCUUCCAUAUCCAGCUUGGGGCGCGAUCAAGACUCGUCUUCGUAUAGUUAGUUUACAACAGUAUGCUAAUUUGAUUGUAGCGUUGACAGAACUGGUGCAAAAUCAGCUGAAAAUUCAUUGCUACAACACCGUCGGAAACUUCUUAACAUUCUAUGAGAGUUACAAAGAACGAAAGGACUUGACCAAGUCACUUGAAGACUUCUAUCAUGAAUACAUUCCUCCCAUCACUUCGAAGCACCAUACAUGCGUCGGUUUGGGCUUGGACUUGGCGGAGAAGAUAAUGGAAUUAGAAAAGACUUACCCUGGUAUCGGAUCGGCUCUCUUUCUAGCUUCAUGCGAAGAGGAUAUUGGAAACGUAAAUCGAUACGUUUCGACUCCAACUCCAGAUACCCGCACGUCUGAAAAAGAACAUGUCGUCAUUGCUUUGAACAUCGAACUGGAAGAUCGUGUAGGCGUUUUAAUACUAGAUACUGGUUACCACGUCCCUCAACCUGUGACAGUCAUGGAAGAUGGUCUCUACCCUCACACUGGCUGGUUCAAGCCUGGUGGCACUAGUCGAUCACGACGCCUCUAUAAUUAUACAUUCCAUCCAAGUGGCCGCUACGUACUCUGGGAUGUCAAGGAAACCCGCAAAGGAAUUGAGGAAUGUGAAUCUGCUCUCAUUUACACGCAUCAGGCGUUUCUAUCUCCAGUUGACUGCACAGAGCGACGCAACCUGGUUUACAACUUCAAGUCAUUAUUGAAGCGAGACGCAUCAGGGAAAGUUCUUGCUGGGUUAUACUUUGGGUUGAAGCCUUUUGACCGUGGCUUUUUCUCACUGUUCUAUCAAGACGAAAAUCAAAAACAAAUUGAUUUUAAAAUAAGUUUCUCCGAUGUUUACAAUGAACGCGAUCUAUCGGAAGCGACAUUAGAGAAUUUACUUCAUUGUCAAACCCAGUUGGAACUUCGUGAUGGUUUGAUUGAACUCCUGAAGAAAAUAUCAUUAGCUUUAAACAAUGCAGAGUUCAUGCAACAGCUGCUGACUAUUAAUCAGCGCAUCGUUAUUUUGGCGGAAAAUAACUAAAUUCUUUCUAUUGUUUGAAUUCUUCCACGGCGAUUUCGUCUAUUCGUUUUCUAACUUUUUAGUUUCUAUCACAAAAAUCUUUAAAUUAGUACACUAAUGUUUAGCUGAUAUACGUUUGGGUUAAUUCUGAAUACUACUUUGUUUCUACAAAAAAAAAACGUAGUUUCGUACGAAAAGGCAAAAUACAACCAUUAGAAAAUCAUAA